CACCAACAUUGUCUGUGUUGACACGCUUGAGACCAGUGGACUGACAGUACUGACUUAAGAGGCGACGAAAGUGUUUUGUCACAUGACCUCGAACGCUCGACAAUCCAAGUUGAGUUACACCGAAUCUCGGUGACCAGGAACACGAAGCAUACGCACCUCAAGUUGAGGCAGCAAUGAACAUCUCGUUUAAUAAUACCAUUGUGGAUUUCGGCGAUUCGAACAACGUCACGCAGCAGCACCGACGCAAUGGAAAACUUCAGUCUUGCGAACCGUGUCGGAAAUCAAAACUACGGUGUGACCAUGUCAUUCCUGCAUGCGGAAGAUGCGUCAAGAGGCGCCGUGUGGAGAAAUGUGUCUAUCAUCCCGCUCCGUUGACGCAAACAAGAAAUUCAUCUUCACGGCGUCUGCCAAGUCCUGCUUCCAGCAGCGCAGUAGUUGUGCCUAAUGUUAUUGAGUCUGUAGAGAUAACGGUUCAUGACCAGUUGCAACGGGUGCCAUCGGGUCUAAUUCAAUCAUCAAUUCACCUUCCCCCACGUGCAAGAGCUGUGUCUGCCCCAGUCGCCCUGGAGGACCGAAGAGGCUCGACAGCGAAGGACAACCCGGGAUUCUUGGGCUUGACGUCCUACUCUGCUGUCUUUGAAGCAGACUUGGAAAAUUUAGGAGUUUCAACAUUCGAAUUACGUGCUCGUGAUUCCGUUGAAACGAUUCCUUUAUCAAGCGAAACGAUUCUUCGCGGGUGCAAAAUCUUAUCGAUUUUCAAAGAUAGCCUGAUGGUAAACCGAUUCAUAAAUAAGUUUCAAGAGGUGUCCGAUAAUUCUGGAGAGGCCGUGAUAUUCCCAAUCGUCAGGCAAUGGUUGAAGGACCUUUGGACAUACCACCGUGAUACCCUUCGCGAUCAGAAUCCCGCCGCGAUUAGUCGUCUUUGUGAGCGUAUCUGGAGAAACACGCAAAGCCCUCUCAAUUACGAUGGCAAUACGACGGCCAAAAAAUACGCCUCACUAACUUCUGGUCAUAAUCUGCGAUGGGAGGUAGUUGGGCUCAUUCUGACUGAUAUAGGUCUGGCUGCACAGAGCACAGACCCUUUGGACGACAUCUUCCGCGAGCAUAAUACCACCCGUGAAGCAAUUUCGAAACGGACUUACGAAGCUGCACAAUCUUGUUUAUCCUUUUGCAGAGAUUCUGAGUCACGGGACGACCUGUUCCUAUGGUUUCUCAACGAAACAUGCUGGCUGACGUCCUCCGUAAAAGGGUCGAGCAGCUACGCGGCGUAUCAGCAAACGGGAGAAAUGAUCAACGCCAUGCUCGCGAUGGGAUUCCAACAGGAAAUCAAGGCCGACUCACGCACACCGUUUUUCAUAGCAGAGCUGCGGAAGCGAAAUCGAAUAUCCGUAUACGGACAAGAGGUUGCCCUGGCCUCGAUGCUCGGACGACCCUGCCGGCUGUCGCAUCGAUAUACCAGUCUGGAAUUGCCUCUCGACUUGACAGACGCGGAAAUAUUUAGCGAAGGCGAGCAGCUUCGCGCAGCCCUUGCCAAGCUCGACAGCGACGGCUGGAGGGUGCCCAGCGAAUGGAAUCGAACGACGUACAUGCGUGCCAACAUGUUGCACGCACCGCGACGUGAAGACAUCGUCGAUAUCUCACUUGGCAACUACAGUACGGAGGAGAUAGUUGUCCGAGUUGCGCAGAUCAGGGAGCGAUACGCUGCGGAUUGGGCCAGGGCGCCGGAGAUGAUACGCGUGGCGAGGGAGACGCCGGCAGGCAAAUCAACGAGCAUUGUGCACGCUCUGUACAUGAACGUCGUGCGUCACGGGUACCUGGCGAACGAGCUGCUGCUGCAACAGGUGCUGAUUCGCAAACUCGGCACGUCCGCAGAUGAGCUGAUCAAGUUCGCCCGGCUCAUUUUCAAGGACAUCAUGGCGCUGUCUGGUCGUCAUGAGAUGCUGAAGGAGUAUCGCAUGGACUUCAUCUGGCUGCUCGCAGCGCAUGGCCUCCGCUCCGCCGCCAUCCUCGCCGUCGAGCUUUACAAACAGGAGCAGCUGCCUGUCUACCCGGCCAACCCACGGCUGCCCCGUGCUGAGACAAUACGCGAGCUGAGCAUCUUCGUCGACCGCCUCUCCGCCAUCGAGGACAGCGGCAUGCACUCUUUCACUGAGCAAGGCAGGAGGGUCAUAAACUGCAUCUUGGACAAGAUUCUGGCCCCGCCCCGGCCUCCCCCUGCCGCCAUGGCCACCCCUGCGACAGCAGAUGCCGCCUCUACAACAGCUGCGGACGGCCCUCCGUUGAUGCAAAUUCAACACGGCACGACCUUCGGUGACUUUGAGGGCAUUAAUUUCGGCGAACUGGACGCAUCGAUCAACUUCGGCAAUGAUGCAGACUUCAUGCACUGGCUUGAUACGAUGGAUUGGGAAAAGCAGGGUGUACCUGGCAUCAGCGGUUCCGGCUCAACUGGAUUCUAGCUUUGGUCAAUCUUCAAGAUGAUCAUUCGCAACCUCCCCAUUUUGUCGGCGAUCAUCGAUUUAUUAUAACUUUUUCAUCCUCUGUGCGACAUUGUUAUCUGAUGGGAGUCAAUGUGCCAACUGAGACAAGAUGCCAAGGCCAGUCGUGCACAUUAGAAUAUUUCCCUCAUCGCACGUAUCUGAAUCUCCUUUUUGCGCUAGUGUGUAGGUUAGGUGAAAUCAGAAAGAUCUCAAAGCUACCGACACUCAACCACGACUCUCCCGCGACCCGAAUUAAACACACUGAGUAAGAUCGACAACGAAAACGCUUUUCAACUUGUUUUGAUACUGCUCUCGGUCCAACAACAUGCGCUGAAAAGAGAGCUUCCCAAAAACACAAAUGCUCGCAACUGCUUGAGACUAAGCUGAAGACGUCGGAUGGCCUGCGGCUGCUGCCGCCGCCGCCGCCGCCUUCUCGGCUUUUGCUUGCUUCUUUUCCUCCUUCCUAAAGUCCCUACUCUCCUUAGUGAUGUAGUACGGCAGCAGCGGAAUGCUUCUCCAUCUGUUCUUCUUGACUGGGGUCUUCUUCUCCGCCUCGUGCGCAAGCCGCGUUUGUUGGGCCGCGUCCGUGUCAACCACUUUCUGCUGCUGGAGUGUUAAUUCGCGCUCGAGUUCCUUCUUCUUGCGCACCGGUGGCGGCACAUGUACGGGCAAGGUUUCAAAGUCGGAACCGGGACCGGAAGCCUCGGCGGCCUCCUCGUUCGCACGCAAGCGCCGCCUUCGCACCUCCUUCAUCGCCGUGUGCGUCAGCUGCUGGCGGAACAUCUUCUCGAUGACAUCCUUCUUGCGCGUUCGCUUGUCGCCUACGGAGAUGAGAAUACCGCCAGUGAUAUUACACGUCAGGCUGCAGCACAGGAUGAAUGUAGUUAGCCAGAAAGGGCGAGUCUUAUAGUCGAUACCCCAUGUACACGCUCCCAACGCGAUCUGGAAACACGAGUGUAAAUCUAGCAGCACGACGAUGGUGAUGAGGAGUCGCAAGGGGAAGGCAUGGUGAGUCUCCGUCUCGUGCGGUUUGUAGAAAGUAUGACUUCGAGCGAAGAUAGUUUGAUGGUGGAC